CUCCAUAGCUGGCUCUGGCUGCCCUGGGUCCAUCUUUCAUUACAUCUGUCUAACAUUUUGGGGCAGUGAUCUCUCUCUCUCUCUCUCUCUCUCUCUCUCUCUGUAUAUGCACGUCUGUGUUUAUGUCUCCUCCCCUCAGUAUAGUUAUCUUCCUUCUCUCAGCAUAUCAUACAGGUUCCAUAGCACUAGCAGCUUCAGUUAACAACACAAGUGAGAGUUUCUUUAAACUAUGUCCUCCAACCAGAUGCAGCAAUUCAGGUCCAAUCAUCAGAUACCCUUUUAGGCUAAAUACCCAACCAACCUUUUGUGGUCGUGAAGGUUAUCAAUUAUCAUGCUCAGCCAAUAACACAGUCUUCCCCCUUGGUUUCUCCCGCGACUACUACGUUAGAGAAAUCUAUUACCCCAACAACUGGAUUUCCCUAACCGAAAUCCCGAAAAACAGCCCGAAUUGUCCAAUCCAAAGUCUACUGUCUUUCAACCGUUCUGGAUCAAUCCUAGAGGAACCCGACUGGAAUCUUGUUAUCGCCAAUUGUUCUCAAGGGGUUGUUGAAACGGAGGGAUUAUUCGGUCCGAUCGAUUGCUUAAGCGAUGGCGGUGAUGGUAAUGGAAGUUUGUUUUACGUAAUGGAUGGUUCAUAUCGGAUGGAUAAGUUGCCUUUGCAAUGCAUUGUUUUCAAGAAUGUGAGAAUUGCCCAUGUUCUUGAUGUUAAGGUGCCUCUGGAGAGGCUGUUGAGGGAAGGAGAGAUCGUCGAGAACUAUAGGAUAGACUAUGAAUGUUUGGUAUGUGAAAGAGAUGGAAACUAUUGUGGGUUCAACAGCACAAGUAAUGAAACGAUGUGCUCUAGUCCUAAGGCUCGAAAAAGUUCAAAUGUUGCACUUAUUGUAGGAACUAGUGUUGGAGGUGGCACCACUUUGCUUGCACUUUCCAUGUUCAUUAUCUACAGAUUUAGAAAAUCGGACAACGAAAAAGAAACCAAACUCAAGAUUGAGAAAUUCCUACAAAGCUACAAGACCCUCAUUCCAACCAGAUAUACUUUCUCUGAAAUCAAGGGAAUAACCAGCCGAUUUAAGAAGAGACUAGGCCAAGGAGGUUUUGGAAGUGUCUACCAAGGGAAACUUGCAAAUGGGAUACCCGUUGCCGUAAAAGUGCUUGAGAAUUCUAAAGGUAAUGAGGAAGAGUUCAUAAACGAAGUCUCCACUAUACGUAGGAUACACCAUUUCAAUGUGGUUCACCUUGUGGGAUUUUGCUAUGAAGGGACUUGGCGUGCUCUGGUUUACGAGUUCAUGCCAAAUGGGUCACUCGACAAGUUCCUCUUCUCAAAAGAAGGUAAUCGGUCUCAAAGUCGUCCAAUAUUGAAUUGGGAAACACUGCAACAAAUCGCAAAAGGUGUUGCUCAUGGGAUAGAAUAUCUGCAUCAGGGGUGCAACCAAAGGAUCCUUCAUUUUGACAUAAAGCCUCACAACAUUUUGCUUGACCAAAAUUUUCAGCCCAAGAUUUCGGAUUUUGGACUUGCCAAGGUGUGUGCAAAGAACCAAAGUGUUGUAUCAAUGACAGGAGCAAGGGGAACUGAAGGGUACAUUGCGCCCGAGCUGUUUUCGAAGAACUUUGGAGAGGUUUCUUACAAGUCUGAUGUUUAUAGCUUUGGAAUGUUGUUGUUAGAGAUGGUCGGAUAUAGGAAAAACGACGAUCAUGUUAGUGAUGAGAGCGAGGAGGGCCAGAUUUAUUUCCCAGAACAGAUAUACGACAGAAUGAGUAAAGGGAUGGAACUAGGGUUGCAAAUGGAGAUGGAUGGAGAUGAAGAGAUUGGGAAGAAGCUUGCAUUGGUGGGACUGUGGUGCAUUCAAUGGAGUCCAACAAGUAGGCCUUCCAUGACAAGGGUAGUUCAAAUGUUGGAAGGUGAUUUGGGAAAUUUAGAGAUGCCUCCUAGGCCUUUUCUUUCCUCAAGGAUUGAUCACAGUUGAAGACGCUUGCAAUGCAAUCUGGUAAACUCAGGUUUGUCGGAGCUCAACGUAUAGUAGCUCUCCUAUACCAUUGACUUGGAUGGGGAACUUUUUCAAAUUUUCCUCUUUGUCGUGGUUUGGGAACGUAUGCCAUCGAUGUUUUUGGGAUAUUAUGCUUUGUUUAGGAUACUAGCGAAUUAUCCGUGCCUGUGGCACUCCCCAAAAAAGUAUUAGUACCAUUUAGUGGAUAUUGAUAAACUCUUCCCCAAAAAUCAAAUUUCCAGCAUGGCUAUUGGCUUAUGAUAAA